UAAUAAUAACUUUAAAAAAUUGGAAGAUUUCAAAUACGAAGCUUUAAAGCAAUAAUCGCUUUAAGGUAAAUACACAAAAAAAACCCCAAUAAACUGUCACCAGCUGCGUUGAUCUAAAAUAAACUCUAAAAGCUCUCAGCCGAAACUUUCCCGUUUUCUUGCGAAUCGUAUCCAAAAAAACCAAAAAAAAACACCCGGCUACACAUUCAUUCAUCUCCAUUUAAUUACAUUUCCUUAAGAAAACUCGCACCAACUUCUUCGUUCGCUGUGCCAUUCGAUUGGAAAAUGCACCACACAUUGGCGCACACCGGUAUCGCAAUCGUAUCGAACAAAACUUUUCUCCUUUUCUCCCUGUGCUCCGUUAGAGCUCGCUCGUUGGAAAAUGGAUUUGCAUUUCCAUUUUCCGACCCCACCCCCCAACCUGUGUCAUAAACGCGAACAAACGCUCCGAGCUUGUAUGGGACCGUGUAGCUUUUCCAACUUUUCAUCGGAAAAGUUGUCGUUCGAUGCCUUCCGAUGCUGCACAACCGAGCCGCGCCGUGUCUUUCCGAUCUAAGGUAACAGGAUAGAGUCUUAAGAAAGAAAAAAAACCUUCACUACAUAUGGUGCCUCCAUGUGGUAGCAAUGUCUCAAGGAAAAAAGGAAAACUCCCCCCAAAAAGGUGAAGGUAAAUCCAUUUUCUCACUCCUUUUCUCAAAUUUGGAACGGAUCGAUUCACCCGGUAGCGCAGGCCUGGCAAUUGUUUUCCAAGCAGGGAAACGAACGCGUUGGUAGCGAAUAGCGCAAGAUAACGGUAAGAUGGCGGAUGACGGAGGAUGACGGUAAGGAAAUAUCACUAAUGCCGCCGACCAAGAGCACAAGGCGUAAAGGUUGUGGCUCUAUUCCCCGACAGGUUCAAUAAUCAAAUUUACCCUUCCCAUUGACACGACGUUUCCCCACACGGGCAUCAGGAGCGUCAACGUCGAGCCACGUACAACGCACGACGACAUAACGCAACGUUAGGUCAGAGUCCUGUCGCCCGCAAAGGCUCCACGACACUGCUGCUGUCAUGCCUGGCGCUCGUCCAUCUGGCGCUCUUUAACCUCCUUCGCUGUGUGAGACGAUCGGAGAAAGUGUACGACGAUUGCUUUUCUUUUAUUGGCGAGAUCUCUUAAGACUUACUUUUGCUUUCAGGCACACGUGAACCGUUUGGGGCGCUGUGUACGCACGGAAGCUGGGCAGGGCCGUGGUCGAUGGGAUAAAGCACGCGGCAAGCAGCCAGAGUGAACACUAACACGUUUGUACGCUGCACCCGUUCCACUACUGCUUUUAGUAUAUCAAUACUGUUGGAGAGCAAACGUGUCAUCCUCUCGAUCUCUCUCUCUCUCUUUUGCUACGCGCUUGAAGAUGGAAUUCUCUUCCAUUCAUUCACAGCUGCGGUGAGAAUAUGCGAGAAACGCGGAUUCUCUUUCACCAGCGUGAACGCUGUGUUCAUGCCAUUCCCACAGGUUGCCAUUCAUCGCCAGCGCGAACCAUCGUUCAUUCGUGUGCGAAUAGUCUGACGACAUUGAAGUAGAUCCAGCGCGCGCGGUUUUUCCCUACCAACCAAACAUCUUGUGUGGCAUAAAGCAAAGCAAACGGUUGACCGUUAGGUAUAUAGUGCCGUUGCGUGAUUGCAACCAGAAUCAGAGACGUUCCUUACAAAACUGAUUUUAUCGCUUGGAGGUGUCAUAUUCGUCAUCGUAACAUGACAUGUAACGGUGUUAGAGUGUAGUGCGCGAACGAGCUAAAAAGAAACGAAACAUAACAAUUUCUUAAGGUGUCCAUUGUGAGCGUGUCUCUUCGUGCCGUAGUGACGUCAGACAGUUGACGAACGUUUGCUGGUCGAUAAAAGAUUGUCGUUUUUUUUUGCUCUGUCCAUCUUCUUCCACGGACGCUAUAGUCCGCACUUGCCGCAGAGUGCUAUCAAGUUAAUCCGAAUUUCGAACAAGUGAAGUGGCCUGAAACAGCGAGAAGGAUUUACACAAAAUGUAACGAUUCUCCCAAUCGUUCAUCGUGAAAGUGCGUCCAGCAAAAGUUCCAGCAAAAGAAUGUCAAGAAUGUGACGGGCGCUAACGAAACGGAUCAGCUGGUUUGUUUGCUGUGUGAAGAGUGCCCUGACGACUAGAUCUCUUAUACCUAGUGUGCUGCUCUGUGUGUGAAUUGCGGGUGCGGGAAGAGGGGUGUGGCGUUUGUUUCUCCCCAUUCUUCGUUUAGAGGGCUUGUUGCGUUUCGAAAGAAAAAAAAGUUACAAAACGCCACAGGAAAACCUCGAUCGACAUUUCUUGGGUAAAUAGGAUUCUGAUUUACAACUACCGGGGAAAUACUCGGCAAUCGUGCUGGGACGUAAAGCUCAGUGGUCUCACCUGCGUUGGUAACGAGUGAACGGAGAGACAAGGAGAGAAAGAGAGUAAUACCUUCACCCUAAAACCGGAUGAAACGACGCAAAGCGAUAAGAUAACGUUUAAGAGGAACGACUAGUAGUUUCGCCCGGAACCGAAGCUUCAUCGAUCGUUUCUACCAUCAGUCAACAGCGGCUUUUUGGGGGUGGGACAAAAUCGAUAGCUCACGAUAGAUCUCUCGCAAACGGGACCCGUUUUCUUACGCUACCCACCGUACAAUGCAACCGUCUUUUACUGCUUGACACUACAAUGGAAGUUGAUAGCAACGACUACCGCUAGCAGGAAGACACGGCACAGUGCCCUGUUGCAUCGACCCACAGCUCAGCAAAAGGUAAAAGGUACACCGCUCCUUCAGAGAACGGCGCAAUGCUGCAACCACCUUUGUGGAACGCUCACCGAAGCCAUCGUUUGCAAAUGUCUGUCAGCAUUUUAUCGCACCGGUAUCAGCACCUGAAUCAGCAACAGCAUCAGCGCCGUAAAAGCCUUAGUUAAUAUCAUAUCACAACAGCCGUGCCCAGCCCGCCCCAUACGUCCGACAGCGGGCAGCCAAGAAGACAUCGGUCGCAACUCGCUUUACGGGGCAUUUUGUGCCGGGGCAAGAGGACACGAUACGCCAUACGGUCUGCAUUUGUCUUGCAUCGUACGAAACUGAACCGAACGAGCACGCCGAACGAUGUUGAAGGAACGGGACGACCAAGAUCAGGAGAUAUGCAAAGCACCGUCACCAUCGUCGACGGAAGACAGAAAGCUGCAGGAUUCGGAUGCGGAUCCCGUCGGUUCCCAGCGCGUGUACAAGAAAACUUCCUCCAAUCAACUGUUGACGCUGUACCUUGGCAGCCGGGAGCUGGUGGCACGAAAGGGCGUCAUCGAACCGCUCAAGGGUGUGCUUUACAUCGAUUCGAAAAUCAUCAACGAGGCUAAAAUAUACGGACAGCUUACACUGACGUUCCGCUACGGACGUGAGGAUGAGGAAGUUAUGGGACUAAAGUUCUGCAAUGAAGCCGUUAUUGCCCUGCAGCAAUUUUGGCCAAGACCUGUUAGUGCCGAAGCGGAUUCAUUGACACCCCUCCAGGAAGCACUGCUUGAGCGGUUGGGCAAAAAUGCGGUUCCGUUCGCGCUGGAAAUUGGCACACUGGCCCCACCGAGUGUACAGCUUUUACCGGCCAAACGUUACACCGGAGCACCGAUCGGUACCAGCUAUGACGUUCGCGUCUACACAGCCGAAACAUCCGGCGACGAACGUGUCCAGCGGAGAUCAACUGUGAGAUUAGGUAUAAGAUUAAUCCAUAAGAUCUGCCUUGAUAGUACCAAAGCACCGGCCGCACUCGAGACGGCAACCGUCAACAACUCGUUCAGCGAGCCGACCGGUACGACCGGUCCGAAAAGCCCACCGGCCACCCUAGCACCGCAAGCAUCGAUCGGAACAACGGCCGGAUCAGGCACGGACACUAAUGCCAACACUACCACCAUUCCACGAGCGCUUCGGUUACGACUGUCGCCAAAGUCGCUCAAACUGUCCUCACUGCAUCGGCACAGCAGCAGCGUAGACAGCACGAACGGUGGCAUCAAAUCGUACGGCGAUCAUGCCAUCAUCGAGCUGACGGAAACGAACAAGGGCCCGCAAGUGUCCGUUGAUAAGCCGUUCCUGUGGGCAGAUGGACGCGUCAACCUGAAAGCGUCGCUCAACAAAGCUGCCUACGUGCAUGGUGAAAACGUUACCGUCACGCUCGACAUCAAGAACGACAGCCGAAAAAUUGUGCGGAAAAUUCGGCUGGUCGCCGUACAGCACGUCGACGUCUGCAUGUUCAGCAACGGCAAGUUCAAAAACAUCGUCGCCGAGGUGGACGUCAGCAAACACAUCGGUCCGGGUGAUACGCUCCACGCAUCCUACUCGCUGCUUCCGGUUCGAGGCACCACCAAAAACUGGAUCGCUGUGGAAGGUGCCUUAUUUAGCAGCAACAGUGCCGAUCCGAGCUCGUCCGCCUACAAUUCCAAGCUGGCAACGAGCGCUCCCCGUGGAAUGCUUUCCGUAUCCGCCACCUCAACCGAGGAGAAGAACGUGUUCGCCAUCUACGUCUCGUACUACGUCAAGGUGAAGCUAAUACUCAGCAGUAUGGGCGGUGAGGUAUCGCUCAAACUUCCGUUCGUGCUUGGCAAUGUGGAGCUCAGUAAUCCGGACGCUUCGAAACCUCCCGACACGCUGAGCGGUCUCAAGAAGUUGCGCGAACUGCGCCGAAAGUCAUCCGCCAUUGCCACCAAUGGUGGUGUCGGUGGUAGUUUAGACUUUACGCCGUGCCGGUCACCACUGUCCAAGGAGCUCAGCUUGCGCGAUGUCGACGAACCGCCGGAAGAUGAAGCAACGGCCCACGGCAAUCGGGUGCGAAACCUGAACCAGCACAAUCAAACCAUCGCAAGCAAUCGGAACAACACUUCACCGACGGCCAGUGGCACUGGUGAUGGGAACGGGGAAGAGCAGGCAACUAUCAACAGCCGCAGGGAGUUGUUCAAGAACUCCAAGUUUAAUGACAACCUGAGCAGUACAAUCGACAUCAUUACCGAGGACUUCCAGACGAUAACGGCCAACAUUUCGAGCCUGAUCACCAAGUCCGACUCGAGCAAGUCCAAUCUGAAUGAGGCGGGCGUUUCGUGCAACCAGGAGAUCAGUGUCGAAGCUCAGAUACACUGUCCACAGUCGGCCGGUGAUACGGCGACCGAGGACGGACCUGUGGGUAUUUCACCGCAACGAUCUCCCAAGCGAUCUCCCCAACGAUCUCCUCAGCGGGUGGAACAUUGAUAGUGAAGGGAGAGGUCCUCGGUUCUACGAACAGUAUUCUCUACUCAUACGUCGUAUGUGAUUGUCGGUGUAAUUCGCUGUGUACGUGUGUAUGUUUAACUACGCCAUGAGGUGUUUUGGCGGCACUUUUCUAAUGCAAAACGCUCCUCAGCUUGGCGUCUGGGGCAAGAGACUUGGGGGCAAGUAAACAAUACAAAAGAGUCGCCCUUUUUUCUACUUGUAGCAAUCGAAGUGUAAGAACAAAUCUACUAGUCCCUCCUUGUAGCCCAGAGGCAUUGUACUGAAUGUAGAUGAUAGGCAGUGUAGCUUAGUGUGUAGGUUAAUGUAGAGUAAAAAGACAGCCAAACUAACAAACAAGACAGAGCGCAACAAAACGCCCCAUUCGUUGCGGUUGAAAGCCACACAAGCCCAAUCGAAUGGGCGUAACGAAUUCUAUCUUGUAACGAAGUAAGUAACAACCUGUCAGGGACUGUACCGUACUCCGGGGUUAACACAUGCCGGGGAUCGGGUCGGUGUAGUAGCUUUAACUUCUACAAUCACGCACGUCGUCCGUGGUGGUGCCGCCACGGCAUAUACAUACCCAACCGUAGCAAACCGUAUUUAGCAGGGAAAUCUUUCUUCCUUUCGCGCAUCACAACAUGUCUCCGGAGGAUCACUUCAAACGUCAAUCAAACCUGAACCGUAACAGUCAUCCCUGUGCCUACAAAAAAUUUUAGGGAGCCCUACUGGCUCAAGUGCAAGAUCUGAGAAGAAGAAAAAAACACACACACACGAGUUUGCAAGUAGUUGCUCAUUUCACUUUCAGCCCUUCCCCAAAAACAAGAUAAACAAAAAAGUGCGCACCAAGUCUUUUAACGGUUUGAGUUCUGUGAACUUUUUAAACAACUUUUUGGCGUGGCGUCUCCAUUGCAAAACGAUUCCCGUAACAACCGGGAAAACCAUUUAAAGGGUUGGAUUGGGGGGGAAAAUGAGAUAAUAUUACAACAAUAACAACUUGUUUCCUUGGGAUCAUGUUUGGCAAUUGGAUAUUUACCGGAAGCCUUUAUACAUAAGCCCACUGUCACUGAUACAUAUCGCAAUUUAUAUACAUACAGACACACAGAAAUUCUUCACAUACCUGUACCAGAAUUUGUAUGCCGAUGCCAAAAACUAAAAAGCGAUUAUUUCGUUAGGUACUUUAAUUUGCUUCAACCAUUAACUUUCGGUUUUAAUACUUAUUCCCUCUUGGCUCUUGUUGCAAUUAAAAACGGAUUAAAGCGUGUGAGAUUUUCUAGCUAAAGGAGAAAGAAAAAAAACAGAAUUAUUAGAACAAUUUGUCACGAAUAGUUGGUAUUGGACUGGUAGACAAUUGUUUCUUACAAAUGUUUGUUUGUUUUUUUCUAAUAACAUGCUAGUUAAUACUGUUGCGAGUAAGCAUAUUAAUGGUAAAGAAAACACAGCUAAUUGUUGGACCAAACACUGGCCCAUGAAGUAGAGAACCCAUGUUAAGGAUGUAGGAGAGUGUUUCAUUUUCACGUGUUGCUUUAUUUUUAUGCCAUUCCAGGUGCGUCGUGCCAUGAGAAAACCAUAAAUCAUAGGCACAGCACUCAAGUUGGACAAGCGGGCAAACUUCCAAUGUGGAAGCAUCAUACAUCGUGCGUAAAUUGCACGAACACGAGCUAGUGUAGGUAUAUGUAGGACAUUAAGGGAAACCUUUCCUUACCUCCCCGCGCGGGAAAAAUGGUGGAUGCUGUGCGUCUGCUCAAAUUUAAAGGAAAGCGACAAGAUAGUUUACCUUUCCGUUUGCGUAUUGCGCUAUACUGGUUAGAGUCGUACUAGGUAUAUACUUAUAUAUUAGCUAUUGUGACAGUACCAUUAAGUGUGGCAAACGAUAUGUAGAAACGAUACUAUUACAGGGAAGGAAUUAGUGGUGAAAACGCAACUGCAGUGCACUGUUGCUGGUUUCAGCUUAACUUCCCUCUGCCGAGUACUAAUACUACUACAGCAACUACUACUUAAUACUACUGCUGUAGGUGUGUCUACAGUGUCUAAACGGUAAAGAGAUAUUUAAACAAAAAAGAACGAGUAAAUAAAUUGAUGUUUUGUACGAAAACAUAACCAUGCACAAGCGA